AUGGUUAUGAAGAUGCUGAGUGUAACACUGGUUCUCAUCACAGCAGCCUGGGCAGAGGAGAAUAAGUUGGUGCAGGGAUCAUCCUGUGAGAAGAGUUCUCACCCCUACCAAGCUGCCCUCUACAACUCAGGCCACUUGCUCUGUGGCGGGGUCCUCAUUCACAGAGAGUGGGUUCUCACUGCUGCCCACUGCAAAAAACCGAAUCUUCAGGUCUUCCUGGGGAAGCACAACCUUCAUCAAACUGAGCUCUCAGAGCAGAUCUCUGUUGUCCAGACUGUGACCCACCCUGGCUACUCCAGCGACAGCCAUGACCAAGACAUCAUGCUGUUGCACUUGGCGCGACCAGCAGAUCUUUCUGACCUCAUCAGGCCACUGACCCUGGAGAGGGACUGCUUCUCCAGCCAAACCAGCUGCCAAAUCCUGGGCUGGGGCAAGACAGCUGAUGGUAAUUUCCCUGACACCGUCCAGUGUGCACAUGUAAACCUAGUGCCUCAUGAAGAGUGUGAGCGUGCCUAUCCUAACCAGAUCACCCAAAACGUGGUGUGCGCUGGGGAUGAGAAGUAUGGGAGAGAUUCCUGCCAGGGUGAUUCUGGGGGUCCCCUAGUGUGUGGAGGCCGUCCCAGAGGGCUAGUAUCAUGGGGCAACAUCCCCUGUGGGUCAAAGGAUAAGCCAGGAGUCUACACCAACAUCUGCAGAUAUUUCAAUUGGAUCCAAAAAACCAUUAACGCCAGGAGACGCUGCCAUGAGGUGCUGGAUUAUAGAGGUGAGCAAGAUGGCCAGGUUCCUGCCCGUAAGAAAAGUGUGGUGGCCAUGGCUACAGCACGACCCGGCUGGACGUGGAUGCUGUGCGCCCUCAUCGCAGCCCUGAUUCUGAGAGUCACAGGGCCUGUUCUGGCAAAUGAUGAUGCUUCCUGCGAUGAUCCCUCGCCCACCGGGCCCUCGGGGAAUAUCCAGUACCUUCGAGCUGGAGCUAAGGAAGACACUCGAGCGGACGACUCCAGCAUCCGCAUCAUAAACGGGUCCGACUGCGAGGCACACUCCCAGAAAUGGCAGGCGGCGCUGUUGUUGAAACCCAACCGGUUGUACUGCGGCGCAGUGUUGGUGGCUCCUCGGUGGCUGCUCACGGCUGCCCACUGCAGGAAGCACGUUUUCAGCAUCCUUCUUGGUCGACAUUCCCUGCCAUCUGUCUAUGAAUCUGGGCAGCGGAAGCUCCGAGGGGUCAAAUCCAUUCCCCACCCUGGCUACUCUCACCCUGGCCACUCCAAUGACCUCAUGCUUAUUAAGAUGAGCAGGAAAGUCUAUGAGAGUCAGAACAUCCAGCCCAUCAGAAUCUCCUCCCAUUGUCCAUCUGCCGGGACCACCUGCACGGUAUCUGGAUGGGGAACAACCAGCAGCCUCCACAUUAACUUCCCCAAGGUCCUUCAGUGCUUGAACAUCACUGUGCUAAGUGACAAGAGGUGCAGGAAGGCCUACCCAGGCCAGAUAGACCACACCAUGUUCUGUGCCGGAGACGAGAAGGGCAGAGACUCCUGCCAGGGUGACUCCGGGGGUCCCGUGGUCUGCAAUGGCAUGCUGCAGGGCCUCGUGUCCUGGGGACAUUUCCCCUGUGAUAGUCCCGGCGUCUACACCAACCUCUGCCAGUUCACCAAGUGGAUCCGUGACACCAUCCGAAAGAACUCAUGAGUCAUCCCAGGACCCAGCAUUCAGCUCCCCUCUCCACCACC